AUGCCUGCACGCGGUUCUUUUCGAGGUCGAGGUACAGGACGAGGCCGAGGUGGUCGUGGCCGUGGUGGCCGUGGAGGCCGUGGUCGUGGUCGCGGAGGUCGUUCGUUCGCUACGUCUCGAUUGAAUGAGUCUGAGUCCGAUGAUUCUUCUGGAGAAGAUGAUAAUGUCAGUGAACAAUCGCAAGAGGAGGUCGAUGAUAUGGAUCAGGACGAGGGUUCAUCCGGUAGUGAGGACGAAGAGGAAAGCACCGAUCGCCCGUACAACGAGCUACUUCAGCUGCUCCACACCGAGAACGACUCGCAAGGGCCAGCGCGGAAGAAGCGCAAGACUGGCACCGACUCUAAUGAGGAGAUUAAAAUGGCAGAGCCGGAAUUAGAGCAGGGGGAUGACGACCUCCAAGCUCAGGCCCCAUCGGACGACGAAGAAGAGGAGGCCGAUGAGGACGAUGACCCUACUGGUGCCUUUGAGAAGCAUUUCAGUAUUGUCGAUAGCGCCGAUCUGAACAAGAGAGUCGAGAAAAUCACCUCCAACAAAUGGGUCUCGGCGAAAAAAGAGGUAGAUGGCUUGCGACUGGUCCAGACUACCCCGGACGCAGGAGCCGGUGCGGCAUUGCUGCCGGCGAUGAAGAGCACGAUCAACAUCAAGCUCAAAAAUAAACUGAAGUCUCGUGCGGCCGAACUCCUGCCCAAAAUCAAUGGCCAGGCCCAGACCCUUGCACCCUAUAUCUUCGACUACCAGGAUGUUCUCUACGGAGGCCGAAAUGCCUCGAACUCGGGUGAGAUGCGUGAUAUCCUCGCUCUGCAUGCUGUCAACCACCUUCUCAAGACUCGCGACACCGUCUUGAAGAACAACGCCCGUCUUUCCAAGGAUCCGGAUACCGACAUCGAAUGCCGUGACCAGGGUUUCACCCGUCCCAAGGUGCUGUACAUUCUACCAACCCGACAGGCCUGUGUGAAGGUCCUCGACGCCAUCACCCGAUUCUACCAGCCCGAACAACAAGAAAACAAGAAGCGCUUCACGGACAGCUUCUCCGGGCCCGAGGAUGCCGCGUGGGAGCACAAGACCGAAGAUUUCCGUGAAUUAUUCGGCGGCAACGACGACGACAUGUUCCGUCUGGGUCUCAAGUUCACCCGCAAGACUGUCAAGUACUUUGCGCAAUUCUACAGCUCCGACAUCAUCCUCGCCAGUCCCCUCGGACUCCGCACAAUCAUGGACCAAGCCGACGCCAAAAAGCGCGACCACGACUUCCUCUCCUCCAUCGAAGUCGUAAUCGUCGACCACGCCGAUGCCCUUCUCAUGCAGAACUGGGACCACAUUGACUACAUCUUCCAGCACCUUAACCUGCAACCAAAAGAAGCGCACGGCUGCGACUUCGGCCGCGUCCGUAACUGGUACCUAGACAACCACGCCAAACACAUCCGCCAAACCAUCGUCCUGUCCGGCUUCAUCACCCCCGAAAUCAACUCCCUCUUCUCCCACCACAUGCACAACGCCACAGGCCGCAUCAAAGCAACCACGACCUACGCCGGCGCCAUCACCGAGCUCCCCCUCCCCGUCUCCGUCAAACAAACCUUCACCCGCAUCGACAGCAUCUCCCCGCAAAAAGACCCCGACGCCCGCUUCAAGCACUUUACCACCACCAUCCUGUCCAGCAUCGUCAAGAACAUUACUCACGGACGCGGCAACGGCGGCACCGGAACCCUCAUCUUCAUCCCGUCGUAUCUGGAUUUCGUGCGUGUGCGCAACCACUUCGCCACCUCCGCCCAGACCACGCAUAUCGCCUUUGGCGCUAUCUCCGAGUACACCGAGUCCAAAGAGGCCAACCGAGCUCGCAGUCAUUUCUUGUCCGGCAGACACUCUGUGCUGCUGUACACCGAGCGCGCGCAUCAUUUCCGGCGCUAUCAGGUUCGCGGCGUGAAGAGGGUUGUUAUGUACGGAUUACCGGACAACGCCCUGUUCUAUAGUGAGAUCGUUGGGUUCUUGGGUCUUGAUCCAGCUGAGUUGGUUGGGGCAGCUGAGGGGUGGGAUGCGCUGAAGGUUGAGCGGGUUGUUGGUACUUCGCGUGCUGGAAAUAUGUUGCGCGAGAAGGGUGGUGAUACGUUUACUUUUGUUUAA